AUGAACACACGUGCAGACCUUCUAUCUAAGCUAGCAAGUACGAAACCGGGAGUCGACAACCGAUCUCUCAUCCAGGGCAUGGUAAAGGAACCAGCGGUUGCCCUCCACAUGACAAAGGUAGGCCCCUCUUGGUUGGACCCAAUCAUCAAUUUCCUGAAAAAUGGCAAACUCCCAGAAGACGAGAAAGAAGCUAAAGCGUUGAGAAGAGAGGCAGCCAAAUAUGCGACCAUACAGGGACAACUGUUCAAGAAAGGACUCAGCCAACCCCUGUUGAAAUGCCUGCACCCCGAGCAGGCGGAUUACGUACUCAGAGAAGUCCACAAAGAGUGUUGCGGCCAUCACAUCGGGGGGAAAGCCUUAGCAAGAAAGCUCAUCCGAGCUGGAUACUACUGGCCAUCGAUGAUGGUAGAUUCCAAAGAAUUUGUGAAGAAAUGCGUCAAGUGUUAG